AUGGCGACCGUCCGAAUCGCAGAUCCCGCGUAUGCGGGAGAUGAGCCCGGACAGCUGCCGUCAGACGAUGAUGCAUCAACGAUGGGCCCAGCUUUCUCCAAGUCGCAAUCGAUGGCCCGAUCCCAUCAAGGGGACGUCCACGAGAGUAUUUACAAUAUCCGCUCCCACCCCAGGAUGCCGGAGCGGAUCAGUAGCAAGAUCUCCGCUGAGCAACCAGACGACGACCCAGGCUUGCGAAACCCGGGCGACUUCAAGCAGAGACAGGUAUUCAAAGGCAAGAUGCUUUUUUGGCUGGCAUAUCAAUCCGUGGGCGUAAUUUAUGGCGAUAUUGGCACCAGUCCCCUCUACGUCUUCUCGUCCACUUUUUCGUCCCCUCCCUCUCGGCCAGACCUAAUCGGCGCCCUCUCCAUCAUUAUUUGGAGCCUGUUCAUGAUGGUGACUGUCAAGUAUGUGCUGGUGAUUCUUCGUGCCGAUAAUGACGGCGAAGGUGGCACUUUCAGUACCUAUUCCCUUCUCAGCCGCUAUAUGAAUAUCACCCACCGUGAUCCAAGGGAGGCUUCGUUGAUCCAGAUGAAACGGUACUUAUCCGGUGAUCUGGAGCACGCGGGUCAGAAAGUGCGCCAACGCUUAGAGUCCAGUCGGUUCGCGCGAGGGCUGCUAAAAGUGAUCGGUGUGCUGGCUGUCACUAUGGUACUAGCCGAUGGCCUGCUCACUCCAGCCCAGUCCGUUCUCGGAGCCGUUCAGGGCAUUGAAGUUGUGCAACCGAGCAUAUCCAAAGGCACAGUAAUCGGUGUCACUGAUGCCAUCCUCGUCGUGCUGUUUUGUAUUCAGCCGCUGGGAAUCACAAAAUUAUCCUUCGCGUUCUCACCGAUCGUGAUCAUAUGGCUCGCUUUUAACGCGGCGUUCGGGAUAUACAACCUCACCAAGUAUGAUGCCGGGGUUUUCGUGGCUUUUAAUCCUGGCCUCGCGUUUCAGUUCUUGAUCCGUAAUAAGACAGAAGGAUGGAAGAUGCUGGGUGGUACUUUGCUCGCAUUCACAGGUGUGGAAGCUCUCUUUGCGGACCUGGGUGCCUUCAGCCGAAAAGCGAUCCAGAUCAGUUGGCUGUGCUACACGUUUCCCUGCCUUUUGUUAGCAUAUAUCGGGCAGGCCGCAUAUAUCAGCACCCACCCAGAGGCGUACUCAAAUCCCUUUUUCAACUCGGCCCCACCUGGAACCCUCUAUCCAGCCUUGAUCAUCGCCAUUCUAGCUGCUGUUGUUGCCUCGCAGGCCAUCAUUACCGCAACCUUCCAGCUUCUUGCACAAGUGAUGAAACUCUCCUAUUUCCCUCAGAUCAAAGUCAUACAUACUUCUGAGAUUUUCCACGGGCAGCUUUUCAUUCCGAUCGCGAAUUGGCUGCUGAUGAUUGGAACCAUCCUGAUCGCAUCCAUCUAUAAUAACACGACGUCCCUGGGUAAUGCCUACGGCGUGUGCGUUAUGUUCGUGACAUUUUUCGACACCUGCAUGGUUUCUCUGGCUGCAAUGUUCGUCUGGAAGAUCAGCCCGUACCUUGUUCUCCUCCCGUGGCUCACCUUGGCCUGCCUGGACGGUACAUAUCUCUCCUCUGCGCUGAACAAGGUGCCUCAAGGAGCCUGGUUCACAAUCACGCUCGCUGCAAUCCUCGCCAUGCUGUUUCUGUUGUGGCGAUACGGCAAAGAGCAGCAAUGGUUCGCCGAAGCUGAGGACCGCUUCCCCACAUCACAUUUCAUCGUUUCUAGUCCAGAUGGCCAAAUAUUCCUGUCCAAACGAUAUGAUGGCCUUCCAGUCAGCAUCACCCGCGGUCUUGGGAUCUUCUUCGACAAAGCGGGCGAGACGACCCCGACCGUGUUCAGCCAGUUUGUGCUUAAGCUCACCUCCUUGCCUGAGGUGAUUGUCUUCUUCCAUCUCCGCCCCCUCGAGCAACCUUCAAUCGCCCCUGAGAAUCGAUUUACCGUGUCGCGGUUGGCCAUUCCAAAUUGUUACCGGCUGGUUGUUCGAUACGGCUAUAAUGACGAGAUCAUCACACCCAACUUGGCGAGUGUGAUCGUCGACCAGGUCCGGAAUUAUCUAACAACGAGAAGUGCCAGCGUGUCCUUAGACGAAGAGGAUGAAGCAAAGGAUUCGGUCACCCCUAAUAGCACCGCCGCGGAAGGCAGCACAGACGCGCGCGCAUUCCUCGGUUCUGAAAUCGCCAAUCUGGAAGCGGCAUAUUCACACAAGGUGCUCUACAUUGUCGGGAAGGAGCAGAUGAAAAUCAAGCCCAACACAGCGCACUUCCGAAGAGCCUUGCUACGCGUUUUUCUGUGGAUCCGGGAUAAUACGAGGAACAAAAUGGCCAACCUCCGGCUGCCAACAGAUAAGCUCAUUGAAGUAGGAUUUCUCAAAGAGAUAUGA